CUACCCACAGUCUUUACUAGACCGUCUGUAUUAGACUUGUUGUACCUUUGAUAGGUUACAUCCAUUCUUUCUACAUACAUACAUUCACUGUCUUUUACAUACACCACACACACAUAUAUAUACAUCGCUUGACGCGACACCACUACCACCACCAAAAUGCACUUCACCACGCCCCUCCUUCUCGCCGUCUCCCUCCUCACCACCUCCGCCUUCUCCUCUCCCACCCCCACCAAGCCGCAGCACGGCCAUGCCCACGGACACGCCCGCCGUCAAAUCUCCGUCGGCGCCAGCGCCUCCAUCUCCAUCUCCAUCCCCUCCGCCUCCUCCACCUCCGCCAGCACCUCCUCCGGCAGCUCCAGCGACUGGACCUCCACCCCCGCCAGCGGCUCCGAAUCCACCUCCGGCUUCGGCAGCAGCACCAACGCGACGGGCAGCGGCGACACCUACAUCGGCAACGUGGGUUCCCCCUGGGGCUCCAACAUCAUCCAAGUGUCCUCCUCCUCAGCCAGCAGCUACAAAUACGUCAUGGAACUGACUCUCCCGUCCUCCACCUCCUCCGACUGGACCGUCGUCUUCUGGAACAAAUACGGCCCCGACGGCAAAAUGGACGGCUUCUACGGCUACUCCGCCCUCUCCUUCACCCUCUCCCCCGGCGACACCAAAUACGUCGCCUUCGACGAAGACACCCAGGGUGCGUUUGGCGCCGCGGAGGGCAGCUCCCUCCCCACGGGCAGCAGUGGCAUCUAUGAUUGUACGUGGGGCGAGUUUGAUUUCGGAUCCACCGUCAAUGAUGAGUGGAGUGGGUUUGAUGUUUCGGCGAUUCAGGCCCAGAAGAAUGAUGCUACCGUGCAAGGGUUGCAGUUGUGUGAUGUUUUGGGGGGCACUUGCUCAAGUAUUACGGCGGAUGCGGCCAGUGUCGAUAAUGCGUAUACCGAGGCGGAGGAGGAUGUCGGUGGUAUUGGGGGGAAUAUUUCCGCUGGGGCGGUGCGCAUUAAGGCGGUUGUGGAUUAUAGUGGGUGAUUUAUUCUUCUUUCUCCCUGGAGGUUGUUAUAUAGAGUAGAUUGGAAAGGUACAUAGAAUUGAUUUGUGUAUGAUUG